UCUUGCCUGCCGUCGCCGGCGCUGCUCUCUCCGAAGCCAUGGCGCUGCGCCUGGGCCGGCUGCUGCAGAGCGCGGCCGGGCGGCUGCUUCCGGGGCUCGGCGACGGGACUCCCGGCCUGGGGCGUAAUCUUAGUCUCUCCCACACCCGGAACACGGUGAUCGUGGAGCGCUGGUGGAAGGUCCCGCUGGCCGCCGAGGGCCGGAACCCGCGUCUGCGCCGGCGACACCAGGUGUACCGGCUGGUGGAGGACACCCAGCACCGCCCGAAGGAGACCAUGGAACUCAUUCUGACCCAGACCAUAGAGGACCUCGGGGUCCGAGGUGCUACUGUCUCAGUGAAGAAGUCAUUGGGUCGGAAUAAAUUGCUUCCUCAAGGUCUGGCUGUGUACCCAUCUCCAGAGAAUAAGAAGAUGUUUGAGGCAGAAAACCAGUUGCGGCAGGAAGGGAAGAUGGAGAAGCUCCAGACCAAGACUGGAGUGACGACAGUGAAAUUCCUCAAAAAAUGUCACCUGGAAGUAGGAAUGAAGAAUAAUGUCAAAUGGGAGCUGAAUCCUGAAAUUGUCUGCCGCCACUUUUUCAAAAAUCUUGGGGUAGUAGUAUCCCCACAUGCCCUAAAGCUACCUGAAGAACCGAUCACAAGAUGGGGCGAGUACUGGUGUGAGGUGACGGUGAAUGGGCUUGAUACGGUGAGGGUCCCCAUGUCUGUGGUGAACUUUGAGAGGCCCAAGACCAAGAGGUACAAGCGUUGGUUAGCCCGUCAAGCUGCCAAUAAAUGAUCUCCCACCAGUAAAGAACUUCUCUUUCUACUUGUGGCAACCACAUAUCCUCCAGGCCCUGCUCUGGAAUUAUUGGAGCAAAUCUUGCUUCUCUCCCUGUGACGUAGUUUGGGUCUGAGUGGCAAUCAAGAGAACACCACAUCAUGGAUGUUUUCCAGCACCUUUCACUGUCCAUAUACUGCCCUUACUCCAGAGCUGGUUGGGAAGCACAGGAGUCAGUAGAUGUAAUAAGGAUUUGAAUUGACCCUGAGGCAUCUUCCAAACAAUCAGACUGAGCUGCUCUAAAGGAAUAGACAUGGAAGUCCUAGGCAGCCUCCCCAGGAUCUCUCCAUUUUGGGGGGGGGGGAAUACUGCACAAAGCCACCACCUACAUUAUGAUCAUAAAUAAAGAGAUAUUGUGCUUUUUA